UUUCACGUCUUUCAGUCCAGUUUCAUUACGGCGUCCUUCCUUUGGCAUCUGGUUUGAAGAGAGGGCAACUGGCGACAGUGACGAGACGAAGCCACUGAAGAAAAGCACAAAAUGAGUAACGAAACUCCCAAGCUCUACGUUCACAAGCCUAAGAAAGCUCAACGUAAGAAACAUCUACAACAACAAUCACUUCCUUCUCCGCUGCAGUCACCGUCACCGUCACCAUCGCCGGUGUCAUCCUCGUCGGCACCGGCAAUGGUUAGUCAAUCUACUACUGCGACCUCCUCUUCGCGUGUUCCGCCGCCGCCACCAAAGGAGUCAUUUGCACGCCGUUACAAGUUCCUUUGGCCUCUUCUACUCGCCGUCAAUUUUUCCAUCGGAGCUUACCUUUUCAUGAGAACAAAGAAGAAGGAGAUCAUAGCGGAAGAGGUGACAGCUGUCACUUCUACUCCCACAUCUUUGGUUUCAACUUCUUCAGUUAGCGAUCCAUCGCCAGCUGUCAUGGAACUAGUGAAACCACGUGAACCUAUACCAUUAAAUCAGCAGCUUGAGCUUUUCAAAUGGAUUUUAGAGGAGAAAAGGAAAGUGAAAACAAAAGAUCCGGAGGAGAAAAAGAGAAUCGAUGAAGAAAAAGCCAUUCUUAAACAAUUCAUCCGAGCAAAAUCCGUCCCAUCUCUGUAACCGCAGUUGUAAUGACCUCUUUCGUAUGAGAUAAAAAUGUUAAAAAGGGGCCUAGGAGUUCAUGAUUUUACCCAUAAACAUGCGAAUCAGUGUAUUUGAUUUGGAAACAGGCCAUUUGUGUAUGCUUAUACAUGUAAUAGGGGCAUAUCAGUCACACAUUGCUGGGGAUCAAUUCAGUUGACAUAACAGCUGUUGACAUUCGCGACAUGCCAUGAAUUGUGUACAUACAGUGUACACUAAGCUUACGAUACAGUGCAUAUUGUAAAAUACUAUGAUUUAUUGAAAGCCUGCAAAUUUUCAUCGAAUGGCCCUAGUGUCAUCAUUAAUAUUAAUUUUAACUUUUAAGAUGUUAUAAUGAUUUGGUGUAGAGAUGGGGAUUACGAUUGAUUUGUUUUUUAAACGAGUUGGUCUCAUCACUCAUGGUGUAUUUCAUAUGGGCCAAAUCAAAAGGAUUUAGCUCAAAAUAUCAAUUGCAGUGCGAAUUAGAGAUGCA